UGGCCCUGGUGGUACAAGCAGAACUCUUACCCACCCAGUCCACUAACUCCCUCUCCUCUUACCCACCCCAUCUUGGGUCAGGAGAGGAUGGUGAGGAGGACGUGGAGAGAGGAGAGCUGGUGGAGGAAGACAAGGGGGCAGUGGACGGUGGAGAGGACGUGGUACUGGACAUGGUGACGUCGUCUGCGUCAGAAUCGGCUCCUCAGUCGGAGCAGUCAGAACACCCCUUUCAGUGUCUGGAUUGUGGGAAGAGCUUCAGGUGGUCGUCCAGGCUGACUCACCACCAGAGGAGCCACAACAACGAGAGACCGUACCGCUGCAACCUCUGCCCCAAGGCCUUCAAAGGCUCCUCUGCUCUGCUCUACCACCAACGGUCACACUCAGGAGAAAAGCCGUAUAAAUGCCAAGACUGUGGCAAAGCCUUCAAACGCUCAUCUCUCCUCCAGGUCCAUCAGAGUGUUCACACUGGAGUCCGUACUUUCUUGUGCCCCUAUUGCCCCCUGACCUUCAAAUGGAGUUCUCACUACCAGUACCACCUGCGUCAGCACACUGGAGAGUGCCCGUACCCCUGUGACACUUGCCCAAAGGCUUUCAAGAACUCGAGCAGUCUGAGGCGACACAAGAAUGUCCACCUUGGCCUCAAGCCUUACACGUGCUCGGUGUGCAACAAGUCGUUCACUCAGUCGACAAACCUGAGGCAGCACAUGAGGAUACACACAGGUGAGAGGCCGUACGUCUGCAGCGAAUGUGGACGGAGCUUCACGCAUUCAUCGAACCUGGCGCUGCACAAGAACUCGCACGCCAACCUUAAUGCAGGAGCCAAGGAGGGCAAGAGGGGGGAGGAUGGACGGAAGAGGAAUGAGGUACCGGUAGUUGAAGUGGUGGUUGGGACAGAGGAAGUGACAUCAUCGAUGUUGACAGACAUGGUGGAGUUUGUGAGCCAGGAGGGCACAGAUGGAGUUGGCAUGGGGAUGGAAGAAGUGUUUCUUUCAACCACUUCCUCUGGUCAGACUCCAGGUCUUCUCCCCCAGCUCACUCUCACUCCCUCUGAGGGGGAUGUGUGCGCAUCUCGGGCCAUCGGGACCGAGGUUCACCUGAGCACUGACACCGGGGCCAGUGUGCUGCUGUACAGCUGUGGCAGCUGCAGCCACACUUUUGGCUCACGGACUGAGCUGGAGGAGCACCAGGCCAUUCAUAUGGCUCCAGAGGAGCAUGGAGCCAGUGGAGAGGCAAUACAAGGGGAAGAGAUGGAAGUUGGGGAUGGGCUUGUGGGAGCUGGACACCUGCUGGCUGACUUUGAGGAGGUGGUGGAGACUACCACUGUGGCUGAAGGCGGACACACAGCCGAGGUGAUCUUCGGUUUGACAGAAGGUGCAGAUGGCAGCAAUGCUAAUGUGUGCACCACCCAGGCCCAGUUUGACCUGCUGCAGCGCUUCACAGAGGUGACUCAGAGCUCUGAGCCUGUUCAGCCAGAGGCCAGAACCACAUGGGCAGGGCUGUCAUGUGGCUACUGCAGUAAGAGCUUCAAGACCAGCGGAGGCCUCAAUAGACACGUGUCACUGAUGCACUCUCUGUCAUCACAGUGCCGCUCCCAGUUCAGCUGCUCCGCUUGCGACCGCUCUUUCCCUCUUCUCUCGUCACUCCUCACCCACCAACACUCCCACACCCCGGAGCAGCGCCUCCUGGCCGAGGCGGAGGCUGAAAUAGUGUGUCCUCCAUCCCUGUCCCUGUCUCUCCCCUUGCCGUCCUCUCCCGGCCAGGCCGACAAGCAACAGGAGGGCCAGAGAGAGAUCCACAUCGACAUCAUAGCUGUUUGCGAGGAACAAGAGGAGCACCAGCCUAAACUGACCAGAGCUCAAAAAAAGGCGGGGACCAGCAAGAGCAUUCCUGCUGGAGAAUGUGGAAAAGCCUUCAAAGGCUCCUCUGGGCUGAAGUACCACAUGAGGGAUCACACUGGAGAAAGACCUUACCGCUGCACCGAGUGUGGAAAGAGCUUCAAGAGGUCCUCACUGCUCUCCAUUCAUCAGCGGGUACAUACGGGAGUCCGAGCGUUCCAGUGUCCUCACUGCCCUCUUACAUUCAAAUGGAGCUCUCACUACCAGUACCACCUGCGGCAGCACACAGGUGAGAGGCCUUACGUGUGCAAAGAGUGCGGCAAGUCUUUCAAGAACACCAGCUGCCUGCGGAGGCACAGUCAGAUGCAUUCGGGGCUGCGGCCUCAUACGUGCUCCAUCUGCUGCAAAUCUUUCUCCCAGACGUCAAACCUCAAGCAGCAUGAGCGUACCCAUUCGGGAGAGAGACCUUUCCACUGCACACACUGCAGUAAAAGUUUUACACACUCCUCCAACCUUCAGCUUCACCUUCGUACACACUCUUCACGCAAAGACUUCAAAUGCCCGUACUGCUCUAAGGAGUUUGUCAUACACUCGUACUUGCAGAGACAUAUCCGUACCCACGGCAGUGGUGUUUCCCUUCCUGGCACAGGUGGUGGGAGUAAAGACGGUGUAGCAGUGAGAGCCAGUUUGGGAGGAGUAACCACCACCACAACCCUGUUCAAUCCCAUCACCCUGGAAGCCUCAGGAAAGAACGGCAGUCUGAUUGUGUCCCAGCCAGCUCUUAAUAUUCCCCCCAACACCUCCCAGAACUACUUUAUGAUUCAGACAGCCAACGGCUUGCAGCUUAUUCCUCUGUCAUCCCCUGCACCCGUUCCUCCACCGCCACCUCCUCCAUCCCCGUCGCAGAGCUUCCUCCUCUUUCAGUGUCCCUCCAAUAACGGCGGUCAGUCCAGGUUAAUUCUGCUCCCCACAGCAAACGCUCCUCCGGCAGCUCCAGAUCUUCAGCCUCUUCCUGUACUUCAGACUGUUCAGGCAUUCCAGCCCGUUCUCAACCAAACACAGACUCAGAUGGCACAGUUUUCAGCUGUUUCCCAGCAACAACAGCCCACCAAGAUCAUAAUCACUAACACCGCGCACACUCCAGCCGCCAAACCGACACACAGCAUCCCACCAAACUCCAUGCUGACCAGACCCAUAUUAGGGAGAAGCACACGAACAGCUCGGGGCCGACGGGGGCGCAAACCGAAAGCUGCUUUUCAGAAAUCCUCACCAGACAGUCGGACUGCAGGUGGUGGAGCUGUUCCAGUAACAAACGGCAGUGCUGUUGACACAUCAUCACUGGGAUCUCCAUCCGCUGACUCUCAGCUUCCCAACGUAUCAGCGACUGAAAUCGGAGAGACGACGUCACUCGUGUUGCAGAUCGACAAAGGUGAUCAAGACAAAGACGAGAAAGGGGACGAUUUGAGAAGGAUGGUGUCACUUCUGCAUGAGUGGGACGAAAGUAAGCAGGAGGGGAGACAGCCAGGGAUGAAGGGCAACCAGGGCAAGUCGUAUGUCUUUCAUUUCCACACUGCGGCACAAGACAGUGCUUCAUCCACAGCUUCCUUCAACCAAGGGCAGGACAACAGCGUGGAGCUCUCCUGCACACCCACCCAAGCUUUUGUACCACUCGAUAGACAGGAAGUGGUGUUUGAUCUCGGUGGGGCAACCAAGAUGGAGCAAGAAGCCGAGGGGGGUAUGCAGAUGAUAGCUCUGAUCGAAGGCGAAGGAGAAAUGUUGGCAGAAGAGGGGGCAAGGUGCAAUACUGCAAACAAUGCCGUUUCUGAGGAUGUGGGAGACAUGGAACGUAUAUUUCAGCUGCAAAACGGAGAUGAAAUCGUAAUAAUUGAGGUCAGCACCAGCGGACUACGGGAAGGAAGAAUGGAUAGAGGAGCCGAGGGGGAGAUGUCUCCAAGAAGUGAUGAGAAACAGGAAACCAUAACGUUAGACGCAAAGGACAACUCUGUCAAAGAACACAACUCUGUAAACGGCUCAGAGGUGCAAUUAUCAACUGAAGCCACUAGGAAAAGUGACUAUGUCUGACUCUGGCGAGGCGGGGUUCACAAAGUAGGAACUGUUAGUGGGGAAGUGAAGGUCUCGCUUUGUGGGCUGUUUGGUAGCACUUUAUUCAGUUAAGUUCUCCAGGACCAGGACCUGAACAUAAUCAUGCAGUUUGACAAACAUUGAGCUGUAACGCAAUGGUGCCACAACUAGAAAUGUUAUACAUUCAAAUAGGCUGAAAAUGGACCUCAGAAUAUUCCUAAUGAUUAACUUAUACUGUCUUUGGCAGUUUGUUUUAGUAAAUAUGAUUGUAAAUAAAAAAUGUUGUACAUGCCCCACUUUUGUCACAGUAUU